CGCUUGGCAGACGCCAGACAGCUGCUUUGACAUAUGAAAUAGAAAGACAUGUUGCGCCUGUAAAAACCGAACGAAAUCGACUGGGAUUCAAUUAAAAGGCGAGCCGAAGCCCUCCGUAGAGAUUCUGACAGGAUGGGCGAACCGAAAGCCAGCGCGGAGCACGGGGAGGAGCAGGCCUUCAACUGCGAGGAUGAGGCUAACGCCAUUAUCAAUGAUGUGAAGGCCCACGUUGCAGAGAUCUGCAUCUCCUCCAAACUGGCCAGCGACGCCACGCAGAUCUACCUGAACAUCCGCACCAUCGAGAGUGCCACCUGCUGUGUGCAGGUGACUAGUCGUGGCUUUAAGAUCGUCUCCUCCCAAUACGACACCAUAGACGAGAAUGCGCGGAUCUGCGCCCUACUUCGCGAGGGACAGGACCAGGACGAGACCGAGGAGCAAGAAGAGAUCUUUGAAACGCCCUACGCACUGCUAGACAAGAUCAGCCCUCGCUACGUGGAAUCGUUCGGCAACCAGCUGUGCCAGCAACUUAGGCAACUGCAGCAGAUGCGGACUCAGUUUUACGAGGAGGACGAGGAGGAGGAGGAGGAGUGAUGGCUUCGAGUUCAGCUCCCAACCGAGGCUGUUUACUCUUUAGACAGAAGAUUUUAAUGUUAGUUUAAUUGAAUGUUUACUCGUAAUGGCAGAGCGACAGCUCUGAUUUCCUACAUAUUUAUGUGUGUGUGUGCCGCAAAAGUAUUCCCGCGUGAGUUGGUCAUGCAGUCCUCGCUUCACGAUACCCUCUCCUUGCUUAGCAAACGAAUACAGCUCCAGAUCCGUUUUAGACCUUAAGGCGUUUCAAAAAUAAAGAUUGUGAUUGCAACUCCAA